GUAAAUAAGCGGUGAACUCUUCACCAAGCACUACUCCUCCACGGUGCUCUAUUUUGCUUGAGCUUCUGCAAUUAUAAACCCUAGUAGCAAAAUUCCCCUCCAAAUAAUCAUCGUCAAAUUUUCAGAAAUCAGUAUCAGAACAAACAAAAAUGGUGGCGACGAAUUUGAAAGCAGAGACAAUGAAACUAAUGGACAAACGGAGCGAUAUGGAGGCGGAGUUGAAUAUCAUUAUCGAGCGCCUCUGCCAGCCCGGCGGCCCUGGCCUCUCCGGCAACCUCCUCGAUUCAGAGGGGUUUCCCAGGUCGGAUAUCGAUAUUCCGACUGUUAGAGCCGACCGGCACAGGCUUGCUGAGCUUCGAAGUAAUCACAAGGAUAUUACAGAGAAGAUAAACCAGAACAUCGAACUUCUGCAUUCUGCAAAACUUACACCAACAACUGCUGCUGUUGCAGAUUCAGGGACGAAAGAUCAAGUUUUAAGUACCGGUACUUCUUUGUCUGUCAACAAUCCUGUUGUUGCCAUGGACGUGGAUUUAGUUUUGAGCAGACCGUUUGCAAUGGUCGAUGAAAUCAACGAGGCAUCUCCAGCGGCAGAAGACGGUUUACAACUCGGGGAUCAGAUUGUGAAAUUCGGGAAUGUCGAAAUAGGGGAGAACGUGCUGCAGAGGCUAGCCGCUGAAGGACAAGAAAAACAAGGGCAAGCAGUCCCCUUGGUUGUGAUGAGGCAAGGGUCGGUGAUUAAUAUGACAGUCACUCCUCGAGCAUGGUCUGGCCGUGGUCUACUCGGGUGUCAUUUCCGAGUCUUAUGAUGUCAAUAUUGUUCGGUGCCGCUUAAGGCUGGUGAAGAUGUGCGAAGAGGUGAAUUUUUCUGUUUCUCUUUUUCGGGGAGAAGUAUGUAUAAACUCGAAUAGAUACAUGGGCACAAUCACAAAUUAUAUAGCUUUCGCAUAUUGGUAAUAAUGCUGUUGGGAGAUUAUCUAAAUCAUGUGUGUAUCUAUCUUUUCUGCAUAUUAAAUUUUAAAUAUGGUUCAAGUUGUUGUGCUAA